UUUUUAAUGGCUUUUUUUGCAGCUGAGCUCCAAAAAUGGUGCGCUACUCUCUGGAUCCGGAGAACCCCACGAAAUCAUGCAAGUCACGGGGAUCCAACCUGCGAGUGCAUUUCAAGAACACUCGUGAGACGGCCCAGGCCAUCAAGGGCAUGCACAUCCGCAAGGCCACCAAGUACCUGAAGGACGUCACCCUGAAGAAGCAAUGCGUUCCCUUCCGUCGCUACAACGGGGGAGUCGGUAGAUGCGCCCAGGCCAAGCAGUGGGGCUGGACGCAGGGACGCUGGCCGAAGAAAAGCGCCGAGUUCUUGCUGCACAUGCUGAAAAACGCGGAGAGCAACGCUGAGCUCAAGGGUCUCGACGUGGAUUCCCUGGUCAUCGAGCACAUCCAGGUCAACAAGGCUCCCAAAAUGCGCAGGCGCACCUACAGAGCGCACGGCAGGAUCAACCCCUACAUGAGCUCCCCCUGCCACAUCGAGAUGAUCCUCACCGAGAAGGAGCAGAUCGUUCCCAAGCCGGAGGAAGAAGUUGCUCAAAAGAAAAAGGUACCGGGCGCCGCUGCGUCCUUAGUCCUCUGCCACGUCGAGAGGUCCCGCGUGUCAGCGCUUCGCGUCUCUCGGGCGGAGGGGUUGCCGUGA